AAAACCCGGGAACGAGAUUGGGACAAUUAGAUGGGAUGAAUAAUCGAAAUUAAAUUGAAAGCGAAAGAGGGUGGCGUACUUGUAAAACUUGCUUGAAAUCGUACAAUUUUGUGAUCUACAAUUUACGAAUCAAAUAAUCUUGACAAAAUGUCUUUAACUGGAAUACUACUUGACGUUUCUGGUUCCAUGAAGGAGAACAUUGAAAGCGAUAUUAAUGAAGAAAGCACACCGUGGGCUGAAUCUAUUUUCAAAGUUAUUGAUGAUCUUAUCAAACACGACCUGUCUUCUGAAAAUCGUGUCUUCGCUGUUGGUUUUGGUGCAGAUUGUCAGAACAGAGAAAUCUUUGAUGUUAUUGGGACGAUUCACCAACUCGGUAACAUGAAAAUGCCAGCCUAUCAUGAAGACAGUCGAGCUGAGGAGAGUAAAAUCAAUGAAGUCUUUAACAUUCUGGAAAAGAAUGGUGCUCGCUCUAUCCGUAAGUGGGCAAAGGAUGUGUCUCUAAUUCAAAAAGUAGUGUCUGAUGUUAUGGCCUCACUGAUUUUGAAAAAACUUAAGACAGAUGAACAGUUUCUCAAGGAAUUUGUUUACGAAAUUUUACCAAAGGCUUGUCGAGACAUCGCUGACCCUAUUACGCAACGAGACCCUGCUACACUGGCUGGACAGGUCUUAACAACAACGGCUUUAGCAGUAGUCUUCAGCCCUUUUCUCGCAGCAGCGAUGGCACCGGCCAUAUUUUUCCCUGACAAAGUUGAAGAUGUAGCUAAAGUGGGUGCUAGCGCAUUCAGAGAAGCUACGGAAAAAGACAUCGAAGAAAUCGUCGAAAAGGUAAAGUGCUUAUUUUUGAAAGGCGUCUCGAGCAACUCCAUCUUCAGUGUAAAGAAUGCCUCUAACAUUAUCCGUGGAUAUGUUGAUGAAAAAGAACUUACGAAAGAGCGAGCGCAACAAUUGCUUGAAAAUGUUAAGCCUUUUAUUUAUGGCAGAACACCGUUGUAUCAGUCUCUUAAAGAAGCUGUAAAGUUUUUCAAAGAAAACAAUUCCGAGACAAAUAAAUUGCUUUUCAUCGUAUCAGAUGGAAUCCCUACAGAUGGCAGUAAUAAAGAUAUCGAGAAGAUCAACCAAAUUACCCGCAAACUAAAAGAAGCAGACGUGAAAGUUGUAUCAUCUUUCAUCACCAGAUCCAGAGAUAUUCAACCAAAGCGGUUGUACGAUACUUUGGAACCUUCUUGGGAAUCCGGAGCCAAGUUUCUGUUUCGAUUAAGUUCUGAAGUGCCAACACAGCUUUUACCACGAGCAAUUUUAGUCAAACAAGAUUGGAAAAUCGAUAUUGCUAACAAUGAAACGAAAUUGUUUAUGCAAGUCAAUCAUCCCGACAACUUAAGAGAAGCUUGCGAAAUGGCUCAAAAUGUCUGUUGUACUGAAUUUUUAUCUGAAUUGCUGGUAUCGAUUGAUCUUGAUAUUUAUAUCAACCAAACGACGGGUGGUUUUAAAGCACAGAAACAAGAAGGAGGUACCUGUUACGCGAAUGCAUCCGCUGCAGCCCUGCAUUUGGCAAUGCAUCGAAUUCUUGGUCGAGAAGCAGGCUAUCCUGAGUUUAACAUGUUGAGAAAGGAAAUGAUAGAUGCGCAUGGAAAAAAAGGUGCUAACACUGAAAAAGUUUUGAAGGAAAUGUGCUCGAAGUAUCGUUUGCACAGCAAAAAGGUUGGUAUCACGAAAGCGAAGGAAGCUAUUGUCAAGAAGCGCCCAGUGGUAGCAAGAUUUUCUCUUACAGAUGAUGAAUGGCAUGAGUUUUCAGAGUUCUACCGCAAUGAUCCGGAGGGUGUGCUCACGCGAAAUAAACUUGACAAACGUAAGCGCCCCAAAAACGCACCCACUCGAGGCCAUGCUGUUGUUUUGACCAGUUACAGCAGCAAAUGUUUGAUCUUGAUGAAUUCGUGGGGAGAAGAAUGGGCCGACAAUGGUUUCUUCAGAGUGCAAAAUGCAGAAGUUCUUCAACUAGAAUUCUUUGACGUUUACUGGACGUUGAAUGACCUGACUGAAAGGGAGAAAGAGUAUUAUCGAAAACAUGGCCAUGAAGUAGCUCAAAAAUUGAUGGAUUCGUUGAAAGGCUUGCAAAAUGCAAAAUACACAUGUCCAGAAUGCCACGAAGAGUCAUUAGUUACCGAAUUUACCGGAAAGCUGACAAAAGUCCAGUGUCCAAGAUGUUAUGAAAAUUUUUCGACCAACGACAACGCAGGAAAUAUUCUGGCACUAAACAUGUACUUGACCAUUUUAAGUAAAUAACUUUGCUCCGCUACUGCACUGUAUUAUUGUUUACAUGUAUUCAUAGUUAUUAACCCUGAAUGGGUUCUCUAACGAGCCCCUUGGUCCCGAACAAUUCGUGAAAACGGGACUGAGGUCUGCAUGUUCUUUUCUCCUACAGACCGAGCAAGCUGUUAACCUAUAUAUCCUUUCUUGUAUACUCAUAAAUUAUAACUCAAGGCCAGACCAGGCCAGUAUUUACAUUUUACAAUAAUUUGCACGUAGUACUAUUGUAGGAAUCAGUUAGAAUAGAGAAUUUUUUGUAUUUUGAUCCUUGCAUGUUUACAAUUAUAUUCUCUCUGCAACUAAUCAAAGUAAUUUUAAACAAUUAUUUGCUCUUACGAAGGACAAAAAUUGAAACCAUAGGCAUAGGCGGCGUGUUGGGCAGCUUCCACCCCCCUCUUGAAAUAUUUGAAUCUAGAAAAGUUUAUCAAAUUUUUAUUGAAUCUAACUAAAAUCCGAGGUAAGUCGGGUCCGUACGCCUAUGAUUAAAGCAAAAUCGUAACCACGAGUAAAGACCCUGGGUACGAGAUUGUGAAUAAAGCCGAUUUUAUAUGUUAACAUAAAGUUGUAAGUUGCAGAAAAAUGUGAUUAUAGUGUUGUGUGUUUGUUGUAAAUAUAUCACGUUGUAAAAUCACUGUUGUAAAUAGUCACGCAUGCGAUUGUAAAAUAUGGACAUAUUUUACGUAGGCGUAAAGAGAAGAUAUGAACCGGUCUUGUAUCGGGAUUUUAGUUAGGUUUUGGCAGUAAAUAAGAGUGGAAGCGAUCUUGUUUUCGUUGGCAUAACAAUAGUUUUGGUUAAAACCGAAAAUGUCAACGAAUGCGCUUGUUAUAGUUAAAACGAAAUCACCUUUUUGUUAUAUAUAUAGACAUGCAAAAUAAAGUAAAACUAGCAAAUCUAAA